AUGUUGGAGGAAUUCUCUACCAGCAACACAGACGGGACAGAGACGCGUGCCGAGUUGAUAGAUCAUGGGAUUGUAAGGCACAGGAGCCCACAUGGGACCCAGCGGAGAGUUAAAGUCCAACUACACUCUGAUGACACAGAUGCAUCGCCACCGCCAUUCCAACCGGAUAAACACUCCAGCAAUGGCUGCCGUUCAGUGGAGUCUCUGGAUGCUGGAUCGAGACAAAGAGUGUGUGUGACUGUGCCUGCCAGUAAACCUUCAGGCUGCUGCUGUGGCAUAAGCCGCAGGAAGGGCCUUGGGCCUUGUGUACUGUGCUGCAGCCAAAGUAAACCGAUCACAGACGUCUGCAAUGACUCUGACAGUAACACUCCAGUCCAGAGAGCAGGGAUCUCACCUCAGACGUACACAGCGGAUAAAACAGGAUAUGUUACACAGAGCAUUGUGGGUACCGUAGUACAUCAUGGUACAGAUGUACGUAGGAGUGUCAAGGAGUUGGAGUCGCAGGAGUUGUCUCCUCUGUGUAAUGCAAGGACACUCCCAGGUAGGGGCAAGAACUGGUUUCAGGGCUUGCUCUACUCUGAUACCUCCUUAGGUGAUAGAGGCAUGGAGGCUGUAGAGGGCAAAUUGUCAGGCUCAGCAUCCUCAGUCCCAUCUUCCCCCAUAAGAGUCGCUACGGGCAGCUUCGCCUUCUGUCUCGGAGAGGAGAUGACGUCAUCAACAGUCGCUGACACCAGCUGUGCCCACGAACUCAGAGAUGGGCACAUCAGCCCAAGGGGCAAGGCCAAAACGCAAAGGUGCUCUACACUGGCACUCCUUCCCACCAGCCCUCCCAAAAGCCCCACAGCUUUGAAGAUGGCCUCAGACAAUAGGUUAGGAUUUGACUGCGAGACUGAGGAUAGCUUGGCAUGCCAUGCUCUGAGUGCUGAAGUAAGGGUGGCCAGAUCCGGAGAGCUACUCCUUUCUUCCAGGAAGCUGCUGACGUCUGCCGAGAGGAGGGAUCUGUGUCGUAGGAGGGCCACAUUGCCAUGGCCAGGAGGAGGAGGGGCGUCUAGCUACCGCGCAACCCUACAGAGGACUGACGUUUCUACCUACAUUUCAGGGACCCUCCUGGAAGUGGUUCUGUCCAUCGGCAACAGGGGAGACAACGACUCUCCUCCCUGUAUCACCACAAGUCCCUUGGGCUGGGCUGUCCUGAAAGAGCGCCAGCUGCACUCCCCCAUGGCGGGGUCCAGCGUGGUGCCGGCAGCUCCGCUGACGGAGGUCAACAAGGAGCUGUCUGACCUCUGUCCCCUGGUCAGUUUCCCGGAGGAGAUGGCCUACGUCCUCAUGGAGCAGGAGCUGCAUCUAUACAGCCGGAUCUUACCCCUGGACUACCUCUGUUUCCUCACCCUCGACCUGGGGGGCCCUGAUCAGCCACAGCCCCAGGGGCAGGCACAUCAACCUGUACAACCCCAUCUUAUGGCUGGCUGCAGACGGCCCCACAAUGCUGUAGAGGACCUGGUCACAAGAUUCAAUGAGGUGAGCUCCUGGGUGACGUGGAUGAUUAUGACAGCCGGUUCUAUGGAGGAGAAGAGAGAGGUGUUCUCAUGUCUGGUCCAUGUGGCCAGGUGCUGUUGGAACAUGGGAAACUAUAACACCGUCAUGGAGUUCCUGGCUGGACUCAGGUCUCGCAAGGUGCUUAAGAUGUGGCAGUUCAUGGACCAGUCGAACAUCGAGACCAUGCGUGCUCUGAAGGAUGCCAUGGCGCACCACGAGACGUCUGCAGAGUACAGGAAGGUGGUCUCGCGUGCACUCCACAUCCCGGGCUGCAGGGUAGUGCCCUUCUGUGGGGUCUUUCUGAGAGAGCUAGGGGAGGCCCUGGAUGGAGCAGCUAGCCUGAUCAGCCUCAGACCACGCCUCAGCUCACAGGACUCUGUGGAGUUUCUCUCUGACUACAACGGACAGGACAACUUCCUGCAACGGGCGGGGCCAGAUGGGCUCAACCAACCAGAGAAGGAAGGAACCGUCAAUAACAUCCUACAGACCAUCCGUAGCUGCAACCGCAGUAUGGAGUCUGAGGAUGGGGAGGAGUCCGGAGGGGCUGGUGAUGGGAGCAUCCCUGGUUCACGUAAAAACUCCUUCAUGGACGGCUACCGCAACCAGUUCACCGUGGGCGAUCUCUCCGACUCUGCGAGUGACCCAUCUGACCUAUCACAGGGCAAAGACCCAGACCUCCAGGGUAGUGGUGAGAGGACUCAGAAGGCCUUUGCCCAUGGUACGGAGCUCAUCCCCUGGUACAUCCUUACCCUCCACCCCCACGUGCAGCACUUCCUCCAGCAGGGCGCUACUGUGAUCCAUUACGAUCAGGACUCCCACCUCACUGCCCGCUGCCUGCUCAGACUCCAACCUGACAAUUGUGUCCUCACCUGGGCCAAGCUCCACAGUGGCGGUGGGGGCCUUCCUGGUUCUAGCCCUGUCCCUGACUCAUCCAAACUUCGGAGCCCCACCGGGUCAGGGGCUGGUGGUCAGACCCUCCCACACUGCAGGCCUCAGUACUGCGGGCAGUCCAUACUGAAAGGCCUGGCGGAUGGAUUCCUGGAUCUCUCCGUGGCUAAAGCUGUCUUCAUGGGCCAUCCAGGGGCUGACAUUCAGGCGGUAUGCCUGCAGAACAAGCUCUCAUGUGGGUUGAGCCUGGAGGAGUGUGGGGUGACUCUGCUCUAUGGGCUCCAUACAACAGACAACAGGUUAUUACACUUUGUGGCCCCCAGAAACACAGCUAGGAUGGUGUAUUCUGGGCUGCAGGCCCUGUUAGCUGCUCACAGGAGGUUGAGGAGGUUCCCUGAUCAAAGGCUGCAGUGGCUCCGUAGGAAGUACAUCAACCUCUAUCAGGAGGAUGGCAGGUACGAGGGUCCGACACUAGCCCAGGCCAUCGAGCUGUUUGGAGGCAGGAGAUGGAGUGUGGGUGCUGGUAGCAUGGAGAAGUCUGGAGCUCAGAAGAGCAGCCAUCUCACUGUGACCUCCAAUCAGAAGACUGGUAGCUCUAAUAAAAAGAAAAAGAAGGCUAUGACUAGGGGGGACAGUGGGGAUGCCACAGAUGAUGAGAUGGUUUCACAUAAGGUGAAGAGUGGUUGGGAUAUCUUAGUGCGGAGUGCACCGGACCCAACAGACAACAUGGAUCAAGACCAAGACCAAGAUGACAACAGCUCCUAUGGUUUCCCAGGGCCUCUCUCCCCCUCCAGCAGUAGAUCCAUGGUCAUUAGCACAUCUUCCUCCUCCAUCUCCUCCUCAUCCUCAGCCUCCAAUCAGAAGGCUCAACCGGGUAAUAGGCCCAAUCAGACACUACCUAGCCGGGGUAAGAGCCAAUCAAAGAGCUUCCAGAACCUCAUGGUAUCAGAUGGCACCAUGAGCUUUACUGAGUUUAUUGAGCUCUUUAAGUCCUUCAGUAUCCGGAGUCGUAAGGACCUGAAAGAUGUGUUUGAUGCCCAUGCUGUGCCCUGUGGUCAGUCUGCCUCUGAGUCUCCUCUCUACACUCACCUCAGCAUCGACGACACAGUCACAGAACUGCAGCCAGACCUGGACCUUCUGACACGUAACAGCCUGGAUCUUGGCCUUUCCAUCCGGAUUAAGCGACACAUGUCAGACAAUCAGAAGCAUAUUUCAGAUGCCAUAGCUGCAGCUAGCAUUGUGACAAACAGUACUGGCGUGGAGAGUGUCUCGCUGGGAGCUCUGGGCAUGACCAUCAUGCACCUCAAUGACUUCCUGGUCAAUUGUCAGGGAGAGAACCACUCGCAUGAUGAAGUCCUAAGAAUCAUCCAGAAAUUUGAACCGUCUGCCAGUUUGCGUCAGAUUGGCUGGAUGUCCUUUGAGGGAUUUGCACGGUAUCUGAUGGACAAGGACAACUCUGCUUCCAAACUGGAGGAGUCUCAGCUGAAUGUGUUAGAGCUCCAGUACCCUCUGUCUUACUACUACAUCGCUACAUCACACAACACCUACCUGACUGCCCACCAACUCAAGGGAGAGUCAUCUGUGGAGCUGUACAGCCAGGUGCUCCUGCAGGGAUGCAGGAGUGUUGAACUGGACUGUUGGGAUGGAGACGAUGGCAUGCCAAUCAUCUAUCAUGGACAUACCCUCACUACCCGCAUACCCUUCAAGGAUGUGGUGGAAGCAGUGAACCGAUCAGCCUUCGUGACCUCUGACCUGCCUGUGAUGCUGUCCAUAGAGAAUCACUGCUCCCUGCCGCAGCAACGCAAGAUGGCCAACAUCUUCAAGACUGUGUUUGGGGAUAAGCUGGUGACAAAGUUCCUGUUUGAGAGUGAUUUCUCGGAUGACCCGCUGUUGCCAUCACCAUGGCAACUGAGGGGGAAAAUCCUCCUCAAGAACAAGAAGCUGAAAGCUCACCAGACGCCGGUGGACAUCCUCAAACAGAAAGCUCACCAGUUGGCACAGAUGCAUGCUCAGGCCAGUAGUGUGAUGCCUCCUCCCUUCCCAACCAUCAACAAUGAGGAAGAAGAUGAAGAAGAGUAUGAGGAUGAAUACGACUAUGAGUACGAAUCACUAUCUGAUGAUAAUAUCUUGGAGGAUAGACCGGAGGGAAAGUCUUCAUCAGGGGAGAAGUUACAGACCGAACACAGUGACGAAGUCCCCAAGAAGAUGAAGAAAUGUGAGAGUGCAACUCACAACAAAGGAAAGGUAUUUGGCAAGGAGUUGGAGGAAGAAUUCAAGCUGCCUCAAAGCAAGAAGGAAGGACGCCAGAUAGCCCAGGAGCUCUCAGAUUUGGUGAUCUACUGUCAAGCUGUCAAAUUCCCAGGUCUAUCCACCCCUACUCCAUCUGAGACUCCCAGGGAGAGAAAAGAGAGAAAAGAAGUUAUUUCUUCUAGAGGAAAGGGCAGGAGGUCCAUCUUUGGGAAUCCCCCAGGGAAAGGUUUUCCAGGGGACCCAUCGACAGUGAUGCGCACCCCAGGGCGAGCAGCAUCAGAGGGCCCCCGUCCCAACUGGGAAGAAUCACCCACCUCCCCUCCCUACACCUGUAAUGCCUCCCUCAGCUCCCUCAUCCGCACCCCAAAAUGCUAUCACGUCUCCUCAGUCAAUGAGAACGCUGCCAAGCGCCUGUGUCGCCGCUACUCCCGGAAGCUGAUCCAACACACCAGCGCCCAGCUCCUGCGGACCUACCCGGCAGCCACACGUAUCGACUCCACCAACCCCAGUCCCCUACUCUUCUGGCUGCAUGGAAUACAGCUGGUCGCUCUCAACUACCAGACCGAUGACCUGCCCCUGCAGCUGAACGCGGCAAUGUUUGAGCCUAACGGGGGUUGUGGGUAUGUACUGAAGCCCCCGGUCCUGUGGGAUGCCAGCUGCCCACUCUACAGACAUUUCUGCCCCCUUGACAGAGACCCAGAGGGCAUGAGCCCCGCCUUGUUCUCUCUCACUAUCAUCUCUGGUCAGAAUGUAUGCCCAGGGACCACAGCAGGCAAUCCCUACAUCGAGGUAGACAUCAUGGGCAUGCAGGCAGACGGGUGCCACUUCCGCACCAAACCCAUCCACCGUAAUCCCCUGAACCCCAUAUGGAACCAGAGCUUCCACUUCCCCCUACUCAUGGCUGACCUGGCCUUCCUACGGUUUACUGUGGUGGAACACAACAGCUCCCAGACCACGGCUCAUAGGAUCAUACCACUCAGAGCACUCAGGACAGGAUACAGACAUGUGCAGCUGAGGAAUCAGCACAACGAGGCCCUGCCAGUCUCUAGUCUGUUCAUCUACAGCCAUAGAACUGAAGACAGUGGAGCAGCAGGUUCACAGCCUGCAUCACGGCUCUUCAGUACAGAGGAGCGAAGGGCUGCUGUGCAGUACAGGGUCACCGUACAUGGAGUCCCUGGGCCUGAGCCUUUCAUAGUGGUGGGUGUGAGUGAGAGGACCACUGCCAGCCAGCUCCUACACAAUAUCCAUCCAUCCCUCUCCUCCUCCACUCGCUUCUCCCUCUCUUCUUGCUUCCUGAUGGAAGAGAGGGUGGCAUUGCCCCGGGAGAGGGGGGAGAGUAGGGGUGAGAGGGGGGAGGCUCGAAAGCCUCUCCUGCAGAGGACCAUCAGGCCUGAGGAGGAGAUACUCAGGGUCAUUCAGAGCUGGAACCCUGAUGAAGGCUACCUGGGCAGAGUGUGCCUCAAAACGAGAGAAAAGGUUUGGGUGCAUUCCAACCUACUCAAAAUCGCUAUGGAGGUAAGCUGUGGACUGGAGGAUGAUUCCUUCCUGGUGGAAGUACAUGGAGUGUCUCCUGACCAAUCACAGAUGACCCUCAGAGCUCCCCGACACAUCACAGCCAAUGACCUCAUCCAACAGACACUGAGCAAAGCCAGACAGUCCAGCGUCCUGCUGUCUGCGGGCAAUGCCAGCGACUACAUUCUGAUAGAGGAGGUGGUCAAGGAGCCCCUGGGGCGCAGGCUCCCUGCCAAACCCACCCAGAGGACCCUCCUGGACCAGGAGUGUGUAUUCCAGGCCCAGGGGAGGUGGAGGGGUCAGGGGAAAUUCAUUCUCAGACUCCGGGAGCAGGCUCAGGCAGCUCGCGAGGAUCGGCGGAAAGGAAUAUCGUUGGCGAGCGAGUUGAAACGACUGACAGGCCGGAGCCGGGCCGUAUGGAUCGGGGCUCACACCUGCUCUGAGGUGGUGCACAGCAAGGACGAGAGGGCAGCGUGCUGUCUCCAUCUGAGCGAGACCAGAGAGUGACGUUAGUGGUUCUCCUCUACACCUGUUCUACUAC